AUGGCCGACGCAGAGGACCUUGAGGCAUCGUAUUUCCACCGUUUGGAGCGAGAAGAAGAAAGGGAACUCCAAAAGUCCGCCGCGAAAACGGAGAAUACUGAGGGGGAUUCAAGCUCAGAAGAAGAAGAGGAGGACGGGGAUGCAACAUCGUCCUCGGACAGUGAUGAUACAUCCACCGGCCAACCUGCAGUUGACGAAAUUCCGCGCCAUGAGAUCUUCGACAAGAAACUGAACAACGCAGAUAAAUCGAAGAGAACAGUGUUUCUCGGCAAUGUGUCGACGGAUGCUAUCAAGCUAAAACGUGCGAAAAAGAUACUGAGCAGACAUCUGCGGUCUGCAUUGAAGACCCCUGCUCAAGGUCCGAGAUUAGGAAAGCUGGAGUCACUCCGCUUCCGCUCCACAGCCUACCACAGUGAUGCGGGCCCAAAGAAAGCAACCUUUGCAAAGAAGGAGUUGAUGGAUGAGACCACUCCCAGCACCAAUGCUUAUGCCGUGUUCACCACGGAAGAGGCUGCCAAGCACGUUGCGAAAAAGCUCAAUGGCAGUGUCGUUCUUGAUCGACAUCUUCGGGUGGACUACAUGGGAAAGCCUGCCGAGAUCGACCAUAGACGCUGUAUCUUCGUUGGUAACUUGAGCUUUGUGAGCAAGGAAACCGCAGGAAACGAUGAAGAUGACGAGGCGAAGAGACGGCGAGCCGCGGCCAAAGAACCGGCCGACCCUGAAGAAGGCCUAUGGCGCACUUUUAGCAAGGUUGGCAAGGUUGAGAGCGUUCGUGUUGUCCGAGAUCAGGAGACCCGUGUGAGCAAAGGUAUUGCCUAUGUCCAGUUUGAGAGCGAAAACAGCGUCGAGGGUGCUCUGCUUAUGAACGACAAAAAGUUUCCGCCAAUGCUGCCUCGAAAAUUACGGGUCAUGCGUGCACGACGCAUGCCGUCCAAAUCCAAGCCGCCUACUGCUGGAUCUAAGUCGAGGUUCCCUGGCGCCGGCAGGGACAGGAGGUCCAGUGGACCGGAUCGCAAAGCAGGAUUUGUUUUUGAAGGUCAUCGUGCAAGCAGUACAUCCAAAGGGACCACUGGAGGCCACAAAAAGAGGCACAAGAAACGGCCGACCACGAGGAGCAGCCGCCGCGGAGCAGCCUUCAAAGCUGCAGGUGGAAAGAAGAAGAGUGAAGGCAAGUCAUGA